AUGCUGGGACUAAGGGCGAUAUUUUCUUGGUUUACCUUAUGCUUGGUAGGUAGCAAUGUUGCAGCAGUCACUAUUGAUGAAUUAUUCAGCACCCCAGCCAAUUCUGCAACUGCCUAUGGGACCUGCAGUAACAACCUAACGAGGUUGAACGAAUAUGCUUCGGACUUCACAACACUUUGUACCCAGCUGGACAAUGCAGUUCAACUGGCUAAGACACCAGGGCAAACACAGGCGAAACUCGUCGCACGUCAGCUCUUUACUGCUUGGUUUGGCAUUCAAUUCAACACCGAUGGAUCCGUCAAGUCUGGAAGUGAGACUGCGUGGAGGGUUGUUGAAGGUAAGUCAUCCAUGGAGAUUACUAGUACUCAAAUGAGACAACUGCUUGACCAAAUAUCACGUCUGCAAUCUCUAGUCUCGCUCAGUGGAGAUUAUCAGGCUCACACCUUUCCUGCAAACCUAUUUUAUAAUGACUUCGGAUACUUGCAUUAUUGGGAUGAUGUUGUACUCAAUUCUCAAGGAGUUGAAAUGGAUCCAGAUUUCACCAUCGAAGACGUCUACAUGGACUGGGUUGCAACCUUACCAUCUGGUCAGCUACCAUAUUGGGUUCCCUCGAUCAGCAAGUAUUAUAUGAUGUCCACCGGGACAUUCAGGGGCAAUGGAGGUACUGACUUAUGCGGCCCUGGUGGAUUGGAGGGACUUAACUCGUUUGGUAGUCCUUUGAGUACAACGGUUAUGUGGUCAAACGCUCAGUCGCAAGAUUAUUGGGUUGUUCGAGAGGCCAUUUCGGAUUUUGUUUUAAUCUGCGCUAAUGUGUUGGCUGACGGUGUAGCUAGCGCUUACUCGUAUGGCUAUACUACACUGAGUGAUAUUCCCCUUUUUGCCGUGAGUAGCACUGCCCCAAUCCAACUUCACAAAGUGAGGCCUAGAUCCGCUGUAUUGCUCCACGAAAUCCUGCACAUGGUGAGCAGGUGGGAUGGGUCUGGGGCAACUGCGCAAAGCGGAGCAACUAUGAUUCUGGAUUAUAAGUGUGAGUACCAUUUGAUUAUUUACCCUGUUCCCUCGCGGCCUUGCACAAAUACUGAUCCGAGUCCUCCACUCAUUACAGACGACAUGGUAGACUGUCUCUCGUUCGCGAUACAACCUCAACAAGUGACUAUGAAUGGUCAAACUGUGACAGCAUAUGCUUAUCUUAAUACCGAAAACUAUGUCUAUUUUGCGUUGGCUUGGUGGUACUAUAAUAGAAGAACGGAUUGGCAAAGCACGACCCCGGCCACCUUCUAUGCUGGAUACCUCCAGGAAUGGACCGGUUUCUAG